AUGAUGCGGUCGACGCGCGCGGCGGCGAACGAACUCGCGCGCGGGACGACGGUGGGGAAAAACGCGCGGUACGAGGUGACGAAGCUGAUCAAUCGCGGUGGCACGGCGUUGGUGUACGAGGGCGUGGAUCGGGAGACGGGGGAAAAAGUCGCGCUGAAGUGCUUGGACGUCGGCGACGGGGCGAGGGUGAAGGUGCCGCUGGCGGCGGUGAAGAGGGAGAUCAAGUACGCGACGAAAUUGAUGGCGUCGACGAGUCGAGUCGUGCGAUUGAUGAAUGUUGUGAACGAUGGGGAAGAUUUGUUGGUGUUGGUGUUUGAACUCGCGCGGGGGGUCGACGUUUUGGAUUUCAUAAACGCGCGGGGCGGACGAUUGGACGAAGUCACGGCGAGACGGUUGUUCUCGCAGCUCGUGGAGGCGAUCCGGAUGAUACACGAUCACGGAUUGUGUCAUCGAGACGUCAAACCCGAGAACGCGAUCGUGUGCGAGCCGCACGGAGAUUUGAAACUCAUCGAUUUCGGAUUGGCCAAGGGCCUGGAUAGCGUCGCGACGCGCGCGGUCGGCACGCCGGAUUACAUGGCGCCCGAGAUGCUGGACAAGCACGACGGCGACGGGAACGUGAGACGAACAAAGUACGACGCGAAGGCUUGCGAUGUUUGGUCGUGCGGGGUCUUUUGUUACAUCAUGUUGACUGGCACAUAUCCAUUUCAAAAUCCAGACCGCCCAAACUCCGUGAAGUUGACGCUCGAAAACAUCGUGAAGGGAAACAUCGCGCCGAUGUCUCGAUCGAUAUCGAACGAGGUCAAAGAUCUGAUUCUUCGUAUGCUACACCCCGACCCGAAGAAGCGAAUCACGUUACGCGAGGUGUCGAGACACCCAUGGGUUCUCGCCGGCUCGCCGGCUCGCGGCACCGGCGCCGUCAGUCGCAGAUUGAGCUUGGUUGAGCUUGGUCGGCGCGCGCGUGCGAUGCUCACUGGCCAGCGACGCAAAAGUGAAGAUACGACAAUAUAG